GAGGGAGCUUGUGGAUAUGAAAAUGUUAUUGAAGAAGGAUACGGCCUUCAAACCACAGCAUUAAGCGAGGCAUUGUUCAACAAAGGACGUACUUGCGGAGCUUGUUUCCAAAUAAUGUGUUUUAACUCUUCAGAAUGGUGCAAAAAAGGUGCAGGCGCAAUCCGGGUCACAGCUACCAACUACUGCCCUCCAACCUACGAUGAGGAAGCUCCUUGGUGCAACCCGCCUCGCAAGCACUUUGAUCUAUCCAUGCCUAUGUUCUUGAACAUUGCAGAAUACAAAGCAGGAAUUGUCCCGGUUGUCUAUCGCCGAGUUAAGUGCCGCAAGAGUGGUGGUAUCAAGUUCGUGUUUAAGGGAAAUGAAGGUUGGUUGCUUGUGCUAGUGUACAAUGUUGGUGGUGCUGGACAGGUUGUUGAUGUGAAGAUAAAGGGUUCUCAGACUGGUUGGAUACAAAUGGAACGUAAUUGGGGCGUAAACUGGCAGGUAUCGGAUGAUACCGUGCAGAAGUUACAGGGCCAGAGCUUGUCUUUCCAAGUUACCACAAGGGAUGGUAGAAUGGUGCAGUCCGACAAUGUCGCCCCGAAGGAUUGGCAAUUGGGGAAGACAUAUGAGGGAAGAAACUUCUAG